GGGGCCUCUCCCGCUGUCGCGGCCGCCUCCGCGAUCGCAAACCCGGAAGACGCGCUUUAGCGGCUGUGAGUGUGCGCCGGCCCGGCCAUGCAGGCCUUGGAGGUAGGUCUGGUUCCCGCUCCAGCGAGGGAGCCGAGACUGACCCGCUGGCUGCGGAGAGGCAGUGGGAUCUUGGCGCACCUGGUGGCUUUGGGCUUCACCAUCUUUCUGACUGUGCUGUCCCGGCCGGGAACCAGUCUUUUCUCCUGGCACCCUGUAUUCAUGGCCUUGGCGUUCUGCCUCUGCAUGGCCGAGGCCAUCCUGCUCUUCUCGCCUGAGCACUCCCCGUUCUUCUUCUGCUCCCGAAAGGCCCGGACCCGACUCCACUGGGCAGGACAAACCCUAGCCAUCCUCUUUGCAGCCCUGGGCCUGGGCUUCAUCAUCUCCAGCAGGACCCGCAGUGAGCUACCCCACCUGGUGUCCUGGCACAGCUGGGUAGGGGCUCUGACGCUGCUGGCCACUAGCGGUCAGGCACUGUGUGGGCUCUGCCUCCUCUGUCCUCGAGCAGCCAGGGUCUCAAGGGUGGCUCGCCUCAAGCUCUACCAUCUGACUUGUGGACUGGUGGUCUACCUGAUGGCUACAGGAACAGUAUUCCUAGGCAUGUACUCAGUGUGGUUCCAGGCCCAGAUUAAAGGUGCAGCCUGGUACCUGUGCCUGGCACUGCCCCUCUAUCCAGCCCUGGUGAUCAUGCAUCAGAUCUCCAGCUCCUACUUGCCAAAGAAGAAAAUGGAAAUGUAAGUUCCUCCGAACUCUGAAUGUAGGUGGGACACUUGCCUUGGACUUAAGUGUUUUCUCUGGUGAUCUUCAAGGGAUCCACUUCAGAAGUGGUAGGGUUUUUGUACUUUUUAGCUGGACCAGGGGCUACAGAAACCCAAACUGCUAUUGCUGACGAUGAUCCACGGAGCCAAAAUGGGGAAACAUACUGGGUGCAAGUGGAAGGUGAUGGGGGGAGGGUGAAGCCUCCACUGUUGAUGGGAGACAGAAGUGUUGGGUGGUGGUGGUGAUGGUGUCAGCAAUCAUUUCUUGCCUAUGCUCCUGAUGGAGAGUUGGGGUACAGUAACUUAAUGAAUGAGCACAGUGGCUCUUUCGGUCUGUUUGAGAAAGCAGUGUGGAGAGAGCCCAUGGGCUAUGGUUCCUGUAGGCUCUGAUGUGCAACCUUAGGCAAGUCACAUGUCUCAGGACCUCAGUUUCCACAUCUGUGUCAUGGGUGAGUUUCUAAACAAUCUCCCAAUAUUCAGUGUCUGUCAGGUUGAUGCCACAGAACACUCUCCCCGCUCCGGAACAGUGGCUGGACCACUAAGCAGACUCAGGAUGUGAUUCAUAUAUUUGCUAUUCUCUUAUCCCUCUGAAGGGACAGGUCUGCCCUUGUGGCCUUCCAGGAAUCUGUGCCGAUUUGGCCCCUGGACUAGGGCACAGAAAGGUCAGGUACUGUGGAAAGAAGGGUCCCGUGUGAGGCUCUCUUGAACUCCAAGACAGUAAAGGCACUAAAGGCACUUUAAAGCUUUUGAAGGAGCAGAAGGGCAUUGGCUUAACCACGCCUCUGGCUCCUGGCUGGGCGUCUCAGCUCAGCUAAGAACUUCUCCAGCCCACCUCGGAAUCUGGGCUUGAGGGCUGCAGGACGUGGGUUUGCACCUUCCCCUGACAUGCAUUCUCAGUGGCAAAGUAUUCCUGAGCAUCUCAUGUUUUGCCCUUCGAAGGGCUCACGCCUUAGCACAUAGCUUUGUGGAGGUAUUCUGAAACUUUUAGAACAAAAUAAGAGAUAAGGAAGAGGGGAAGGGAAGGGCAUUUCUGGUCUAGGGAAAACAGCCUCCCUGGUCCCCCUCUGAGCUAAGCUCUUCUCAGUUGCGGUCUCUUGCCGGCUCUGUGGUGUAGGAGGGGGCUGAGUUUGGUGCCAGUUGGCAAGAAAGGGCUGGCCCCCCUUCCCUGCAGAGACCUGCCUUGUUCCAAACUGAAGGUAGUUCUCCAGACCGUUCUCAGGGGUGAGGGCUGGAUGCCAGACUGGUACACUGUGAUCUGACUGGGUCGGGGAGAUGGGACCGCUAGAUCAUGGCAAGGCCUGAAGACGGUCAAGCCAGUAAAGCUGAUGUUGAGGCAAGCAGAGACAGCUCAGGAGACACUCUGGGAAGCCUGGAUAUAGGGGCUGGAGCUGCAGGUUCCAGGAGCAGGGCAGGCGUUUCCUAGAUGGCAAUAAUUUAGAUGUCCCAGGUCUUCCUAAGAUGUAAGACCUCCCUGUCUGGGUGGCUUGGAAGCAAGGAGGUUGGUAUGAUUUAACAAUCCAGGAAUUGGGACCGCAGGGGCAUGAGCGUCCUCUGAGUGGAUCUCACCGGGUCAGAUAGCAUCUCCAGGAGCUCUCCAGACCCAGAGCAUCUACAGGGGGCCUCUGCUGUUCAGAGAGUGAUUGUCCCUGUCUCAUUGUCUGCUCUUCUCUCUCAAACUACCCAAUGUAGUCUGAGCUUGGAGGAGAUGAUUCCUGGGGCAUUCUUACCUAGGGUCACUUGGAUCAGGGAUUCCAUCUCCUCUUUCCCCAUCACAGCCAGUGCUGGGAGUCCCAUCCUGUCUACAGCAGGGUGACAGGACUGGGUGAGGUUCGCCCGCUUCUGUGAGCCAAGCAGGCAGCGCCAUAAAGCCUGAGCCUGCCUGAGGUGUUGCCUCCUCCCAGGUGGUGCGGGGGCUGGUGGGCGGGUGGGCAGGCGGGCUGACAGCCGGCAGUUUGCGUGGGCAGUGCCAGCUGAUGUCUAUUCCCAGCCCUCGGAAGAAGGAGGAAGUCAUUUAUAUUCUGCAGGAGGAAGGGGCCCCAGCUGUCACCUCUCUGACCAGGCGGCCUGAAGGGCAAGGGCACAGGGCUGAGAGGAGGGCACAGGUGGUCUGCUUAGCCUGGCUGCACUAUAAGGGGUAGGUCACCAGGAGGAGCCCUUCUUCCCGGUCGACCAGAUUGUGGGGGGACUUCCGGCCCCCCUUCUCUGCAUCUCCAUCACCACCUGCCCUCACAUCCUGGGCCAGCAGCUGGACAACUAUUAGAUCUCAGUGCCAGGGCACUCUUCCUCCAGCUGGGAUCUGGGUGGCUGCCUGCUACAUAUGCCUCCUGCUUGUGUCUUUCCGCCUUCCUACACCCUCUGUUCCCCCCACCUCUCUGUGUCUCCCCAUCUGGGAUGGUAGCUGGGCUCCUCAGCAAUGAGGCCUUGCUUCUUGGGGAAAGAAGCGAAUGGCUGCCCUUUUGCCCUUGUCCCCUGGCUGGGGAAAGCUGCUAGUAGUCAGCCUGUACUGCCUUUAAAAAAAAAAAAAGCCAGGGUGCUCAAAUUUAAAAAAAAAAAAGCAUGUCA